AUGCCUGAGAUGCAGACCCUCUACCAGCCCCACCACACCAUUCGUCACACCCCAGGUCUCUACCUGGAACCCACCCUGAUGCGGAGGCGUGUCCUGGAAGAUCAAGUGGAGCUGUGGUGGUUCAGAGAGCCACGCCAAUCCCUGUUGUGCUACUGUGCCUCGGUAGCCCUCAUACUGGGGCUGGGCCUGGGUGGCGUGGGGCUCCUCUCCACCUCCACCAGCCUCUCUGGGGAGUGGCGCCUUGGGGUGGGCACUACGCUCUGCCUCUUAGCCCUGGCUGUUCUGCUCAAGCAGCUUCUUAGCUCUGCCAUCCAGGACAUGAACUGUGUGCGCAGUCGACGUCGGAUCAACCAGCUGAAAAGCGGCGGCAGGGCUGACCCGGCACUGAUCUUUGCUGUCGGGCUGGCAGUGAUGCUCUGUGGGACGGUGCUUCUCUGUGUGGCCACAAUCGGCAGCCAAGAUUAUGACAGCAAGGAAAUGUUAUUGUCUAGUCUGGUGCUGAUGGCUGCAGGGGCAGGCAUGGCUCUGGCUGUAGUGGUCUACAGUGUGCUCAUCUACCUUAAAGGAAGACGAGAACAGAGGAGGAGGAUGAUGAUGAGAAUGAGCAGACCAAGGAGGCUGCGGAGUCAAGCUGUCAGGGUCUCAGGAGGACAGAUGAGCCAGUCCAGGAGAGAGACAUCCUCCAGCAGGACAAGCCUGAUCUGAAAGGACUAAUUGGCAGAAUGUCUCAGAGAAAAAGGAUCAAAGAGUCUGUGAAAUGAAAGAUUAGA